AUGGACCACGACCGUUCCCCGCCGUCGUGGUUCCUCGCCCUCGCCCUCACGCACGUCCCCAUGGUCGUCUUCACCGCCCUCGCGGUCCUCACCGCGGUCGAGCGCGCGCUCGGGAGCGUGAAGACGCGGACGCGAGAAUGCGCACCACGCGAAUGUCCAUCCGUGUGCGUGCAGCUCCCGCUGUUACGCGAGCGCGCGCACGGGGCGCGGGCGAUCGAUCGCGCGUGCGCGCUGGAUUGGCCCAGAGACGCGUUGGAGGUCCAGGUCCUCGACGGUGGGGACGACGCGGACGUCGCGGCGAGCGAACGCGCGUGCGCGGCGUGGCGGGCGCGCGGAACGGUGUGUCACGUCGUCCGCGCGUCGUCCGCGCUCGCGAGACGCGGUCGAUCGACCAAGGCGCGGGCGUUGGAACACGCGCGGGCGCGAACGGCGGCGGCGUUCAUCGCGGUCGUGGACGCGGACGCGGAUGUUGGCGCGGAUUAUUUGCGAAGGAUGAUUCCGUACUUUUACGACGACGCUGGCUCGCGGCGAGAGGACGUGGGCGUGGUGCACCCGGCGAUGGCGUUCGUGAACGCGUCGGAAAACUUUGUGACGAUGCAUCAGGGGUUUAAGAGCGAGGCGGACGCGGUGGCGGGAAAUCGGGCGUACGCGCGGGCGUUCGGGUGCGCGCUGCGGGCGAGCGGCGCCGCGGUGUGGAGCGCCGCCGCUUUGCGCGCGGUGGGUGGAUGGGACGAGCGCAUGCUCGCGCUGGAGGGGGUGGAUAUGUCUAUUCGAACGCGCAUGGCGGGAUACAGUGGGAAGGUUGCGGCGAACGUGACGGUGGAGACGGAGCUGCCGUCGACGCUGAGCGCGUACAGAAAUCAACAGCUCCGAUGGAUGGGCGCGUGGGCGUACCUGGCGAAACGACACGUGUUGAACGUGUUAUUUCAUCCGUUCUCCGUGGUGGGUGGCGCCGGGACGGUAUGGGGGAAAUUCGGCGGUCGCCUCGCGCGCGUCUGGUUCGCGCUCGCCAUUCUUCGCCCGGCGCAGUGGUUGCUCCUCGCGGCGUGGGUUCUCGUCUUACCCGAGCUCAUCGUGCGCGGGGUGUGGCUCGGAAACGACGAGUACGUCAUUCGCGGCGCCGCGUGGCUGUACCUCGUUCCGCUGUUGAUCAUCGUCAAGGCGGAUUCGUUCGCGGUGUCGGACGUCGAGGCCAAGUUUCAGUCGCCGCCGAGGAGCACGGGCGAGGCGGUGAAGACGGCGAGGUCGACGAUUCGUAAACUGAGUUGGAUCGCGCCCCAUUUGUGCGUCUCCGUGGGCAUGAUCGCCGUGUACUGCACCGGGUACGUGCGAGGCGUUUUCGGUAAACCGUUUCCGUCGCGCGACGCGUCGGUGAACCAAAUGCGAACGCUGAAACUCGGCGAUCGCGGCGUCGCGAUCGAUGCGGAGGAUGACGACGAGGAAGAGACCUCGUGCACGACGAGCGACGUUUGGCAGCUCGUUCUCGAGCUGGUUUUCAUCCUCGCCGUGUGUCGCGCCUCGAUUGAGCUCGCGAGGUUCCGAGCCGUCGGCGCGGCGGAGGCUGGGUCGCUCUCCUUCGUGUCCAUGAUCGGUUUCGCCAUCGCCGCGUCGUGCGUGUACGUCGCCGCCGGGGGAUGGGACGAUAAGUGCGGACCGAGAACGAGCGAGCGUUACAGACGACGCGUGCGCGCGGCGAACGACGAAGAACGCGCGGGAUUGCUGUCGUCCGAUCCCGUGCAAUCGCGCGCCGCGUCGCUCUCGACGCGCGCGCGCGCGUCGACGUCCGCGACGUUCACCGCCGAUGCGGUGGCGUACGAGAACAUCGAAACCGGGAUCGGAUCCCGGACGGACUUUGUCGUCGGCGACGCGGAGGAGGACGACUUUGCGUCGAGAAUCGACGCGCCGCCGCCGGCGACGUCCAGAGAAGUUCAAAAGGCUAUUAAAAAGUACAAGCAGAUGCGAGAUCACGAGUUUGAUCUCGAAAACUACAGCGAAUACGCGCAGAGCGACGUGACGAGCGUGCGAUCGGAGGCGUACGCGCCGUCGCACGUAAACUUUGAGUCGCACGUCUCGUCGGCGCGCGAAGACUUUUCCGAUUUCGGAAGCGUCGCCGACGGCGAAGACGAACGCUCGGUCGAUUUGGACGGUCGCGACCGCGCGGCGUUGGCGCACGCCCUUCAAGUCGAACGCGACGCGCAGCUGCGCGCGAAAUCGCUCAGACUGGCCAAUCUACGCGUCGCCGUCGCGUCGCCGUCGGCGCCGUCGGCGUCCGCGCGCCCUCCGCCCUCGCCGCGCUCGCGCGAGACCUCGGCGGAGAACUCACCGAUGGCGUCCACGACGCGCGCAUCGACGACGACGAACACCGCGGACGCCAUCGUGGACCCAUCGGAGUGGAUCGACGCCCCGAUUCCGGCGCGCGCGGCGCCGACGCCCGCCAGCGCGCGCGACGCGUCAUCGUAA